AUGACUACAAACUCUGGUCUACAAUCAAUAGCUGAUCUAACAGCUUCAACUCGUUUGACCACUGGUGAUAUUCCUCCCCCUCUUGUAGGCUCAUCGACAACCGUUGUUGGAACCUGUCUUUAUAUAUUUGCAGGACGUUUGGUAUCUACAAGAAAAAUGACUAACGAUAUUUAUCUACUUGAUUUGGAAACUUUUGUAUGGACAAAAAUUCCAGAUGAUAAUCAGUUUGGGUGGUUAAGAGUAACUAAAGAAUUCGAGAUGAACUCAACAACAAACGGUCCAACAUUUGGUAACAUGAUGAAACAAGGAAUACAAUCGUUUAUGGAAGGAAAAAAUUCACAAUUAAAGCGUUCAAAAGAUUCAUAUUUUGCAGUGCUAAAGUAUAACACUCUUUUUAUGUAUGAUAGCGAAAGACAAUUAGAUUGCAAGGGUAUAAUAAUUAUAUCAAAUCAUAACGUAUCAAUAUAUCCAGAAAAUUUACCAGAUAAUGAGAUUUUUUCAAAAGCAACUUCGAUAAGAUUAAAAACAAAACAAUCAGUUUAUGAUGAUAUGAAAAUUGACAUAGAUGAUACUACUUAUUAUUUAUUUUGUAAUGUGGCAGUGGAAAAAGAAGAUUGGUAUUUUGUUUUGCAAAAAUCAUCAAAACUUGAGUCAAAUUCACCUGGACCUCAACCACAAGUUGUAAGGGAUAAAGCACAAUUUGAUCAAUUUUCAAUGAAUCAUCUUUUGAAAACUUUAUAUUCAAAUGAUGAACAUAUUGAAACACAAUGGUUGAAUGCUAUUUUAGGACGCGUAUUCCUUUCGGUGUACAAAACUCAAGCUGUCAAAGAUCACUUUGUUCGAAAAUUGAUCAGAAAGGUUAAAAAGAUAAAAAAACCGAGUUUUUUAAGCGAUAUUCAUAUCAAAUCGGUGGAAGUUGGAGACGGUGUGCCAUAUUUGACCAAUCCCAGAUUAGCCAAGUUGGAUAUAAACGGUGGUUUAAGUGUCGAUGUGGAUCUUGAUUAUAAUGGCGGAUUUCGUGUAGAAAUUGAAACCGAAGCAAUAAUUGCAGUUACAAAGUUAAAAACCAUCAAAUUACCUGUUGUGCUUGCUGUAGUUUUAAGAGGUUUACAGGGAAGGUUAUUAUUAAGAAUCAAACCUCCGCCAACCAAUAGAAUAUGGACAGGGUUUUAUGAAAUGCCAAAGUUAGAUUUACUAAUUGAACCUGUAGUUUCGGAAACUCAACUAAAGUUUGCACCAAUAAUUAAAGUCAUAGAAUCGAAAAUUCACGAGAUGUUUAUGGAUUCUUUAGUAUUACCAAAUAUGGAUGAUGCACCAUUCUUUAGAAGUUUUGGAAUGGGUGGUAUUUUUGAAGGUGAUGUUAAGAUUGGAGAAGAGAAUGAUGAAAACGAAAAUGAAGAACCAAAUGAGCAAAAUGAAGAUGAUGAUAAUAACAACAACUCUAUUGAUCCAGAUCCAGAUCCAGAACUUCAAACAGAAAUGUUGAACACAGUUAUAAGUGAGGCAAUGGAUCCAGAGUUACAAAAAACUGAACCAGAAUUAUUAUUGUCUUCGCCAUUAAAAGCUAAUGAAGAAAACAUGUUAACCUUGGAUGAACCAUAUAGGGAACCUAAUUUGACUAAGGGCAGAAUUAGAUAUAAUGUUGCUAAACAAUUAAAACGUUUUGAUGGAUUUUCACACAUAACAUCAAAAGACAAUUCGAACAACUCCUCAAUAUUGUCAUCUCUUCCUAAUUCACUAUCAUCAAAUUCCACAGGAUCUACAUUUAAACGUUGGUCAAGAUCAGUAUCCAUUCGUCGACAGAAAUCAGGACAUGAAAUUCCAGGAACUCUUUCUAACGAUAAUCGUAAUAACAGUCAACAAAAAAAAUCAUCUGAUAUUUCCAGUUCACCACCACCUCCACAAAUACCCUUAUCACAAUUACCACCAUUGCCACCAGAUACAGAUGAUGAUAUAACAGGUCCAAGCAAAGAAAGUUCCGCAAAUUCAAUAGAGAGUAUUAUAUUAACUGACGAAUCUGUGAGCAUGUCAACAACUCCACCGCCGUCACCACCUAAAUCACCACCAAAAUCGCCCAAUCGUUUAAUGUGA